AUGAGUUCUACUGCUAUACCAAGACGUGACGUAAAUUCACAAAAUGAAAAUUCUGUGUAUGGCAAAUCAAGCGCUUUCAAAUUACCUGGACGAAAUGAAUCUGAAGAUGAGCAAACAGAUCUCGCAAAAUCAGAGUGUACAACAAUUUCUGAUAAUAACUUGAAACUUGAGGAUUCUAGUUCUAAUCAAGAAAAGAGUCGACAAAAGGAUGAAGAUACGUUGGGGCGUCUUAUUUCUCCGUGUUUAUGUAAAGGCACUAUUCGACAUGUGCAUGUUGAAUGCUUAAAUCGAUGGCGAUUACGAAGUCAAAAGAAAACGAGUUUCUUUCAGUGUGAUGAGUGUAAAUAUCAAUAUGCGUUUCGAAGAACCACAAUAGCAAAAUAUGCGACUAAUGAAUUUGUUCUAACAAUAGUCACAUUAACAUUGUUUUCAUGCUGCGUAUUCCUCGGCGGAUUCAUCGCAAAAUUUUUCUUAUACUUUAACGGAUUCAGUCCCGUAAUCCUAUAUGACAAUACCCUUGACGAAGAAAUACCAAUAGAACCGAUGACACUCGUAAAGAUCUUCACAGUUGAUUAUAAUCAUCUGAUAUCUGGAUUCGUGUUUGUGGGUACGAUAGGAUUCUUGCAGAUUUUGUUUUCGUUGUUGUGGCUGGGCCCUUUUCCUUUUACUGUUUUGGUCGUAACUGUCGUUCUUCUGGUGGGGAUCAUUAAGGCUGUUUGGGGCAUGUAUAAACUUGCACAAGGUGUUAGCAGACUGAUUUUGGAGCGAGUGGAGUUGGUGAUUUUGGAAGUGAAUGCUCCUUCGGAAACAUCGUCGGCAUAA